AUGAGAGAAGCCGCCCCUGACGACUCGAAACCAACGUUGGAACGACAAGUACGGAAGCAGGCUGUCACUAUUUCCAUACGAGGGUUGAAUGACCGGCUGAAGAUAUUGGUCAAGUGUCGGCGAUGUGAGACCCUCGGGGAGGCAAUUUCCAUUGCAAUAGAAGAGGAACGCGAAUUGGGUCCCAGCCGGGAUCAACUGCGAUCGGGUAGCAAUGGAGCGGGUAGCACCAGGUCCUGCUACAACUGCGGGAGGCCAGGACAUGUAGCACGAGACUGUCGGAUACCGAAUACCGAUUCACGAAGUGUGCGACGUUUGCCGACACCGAGUGAACACGUAAGGAAAAUUGAAGUCGUAUGUCACUAUUGUAAGAAACCGGGACAUUUUAUCAGAGAUUGCAGGACACGAUUAGCUAACGAGAAUAGGGGAUACUACGUAGAUGACAGAGAAUUUCCGAGACAACCAGGGGACCAGAUGGGUCCAUCCGGGGAUGCUUGUGGACAAGACAACGAGAUUUCGGGAAACGAGAAGCAGGCGCGACGGACAGGCAACCGUAUCGCGUCGUACCAGUAA